AUGACGAUCAUGAAGACAAAGUCUCUUAAGAAGUUCGUCUCCAAGCUGAGAAUCUGUGGAAGUGGCAAACUCUGGGCAUGCAUCUCUAAAGAAGGUUGUUCCAUUCCCAAGGACAUACCAAAGGGUCACUUGGCAAUCUAUGUGGGGGAGGAAUGCAGCAGAUACGUCAUCGAUGUCGCGUUGCUUGAGCACCCUCUUUUCCGGUUACUCCUCGACCAAGCGGCCGAGGCUUUCGACUUCACCACCCCGGCCUCGAAACUUUGCAUCCCGUGCAACGAGAACCUCUUCCUCACCAUCCUUUGCUCCGCGACUUGCAGCCCCAAGGCCCCCCAUCCAUAG